AAUGAGAUAAUUCAAGAAUUGACCGUGGCCCCGUCUGCAUUAUCUGAAACGCCUUAUUUGGAAUGAGGAAGGAGAUUAGUCAAAAGGAAAUGAGCACGGGGUCGUUUUAAUAUCAACAAACACUAUAUGGUGUCAUGUUUAUUUAUAUUUGUUUUCUUAAAUGUUUUUGUUUAUUCUUGUGCGUGAUCGGCGCCUCGUCGGUGGGGAAAUGUUUUUCCCCAUGGCCGUCACGUUGUCCGACCUGGCUGUCCCUUCACAGACGGACAUGGCGUUCGGUUAGGCCCAGAGAGAGAAUAUAAAACCCGUUUUAUUUAUUUAUUUAUUUUUUUUAAAGAAAAUUUUCUCAAAUUUUUCCCCAAGAGAAAAUUUUGUUCUUACCUCGGGUUCGUAACGUUCGUUCUGCCGUUGUUAUAAAUGCUCGAGUUCGCAUAAUUCCGUCUGACGUUUUCCACCUCCAACCCGGAUGGCCGGACGCGGAAAGAUAAAAACAACUCAUUUCCUGACCGAUUCCAGUUUUAUUUAUUUUACUGUCUUCGCCCCUUUACGUUAGAAAUAAUAAUUUAUAAACAACGGAUAAAACUUGUUUUUUUUUUUUGUUUUUUUUUAUCGUCCCCCACCUACUCUGGUGAAACGCGAGGAUCGAAGGGGACAAGAAGAAAAUGACGUCCAGAGGGCCGGGCCUGUACGAGUUCCUCAUCGAAGCCGAGCUCCAGCAGUACUUCACGGCGUUCAAGAACGAUCUCAAAGUGCAAAAUGUGGCUCAGCUCAAAUACGUGUCGGAAGAGGAUCUCGCCCAGCUCGGCAUGUCGAAGCCGGAGAUGCGCCGCCUCAAGAAAUACUUCCAGAAGCACUUCCCCCAGAACUACCUGUCCAAGUUCAAAAAGUCGGUCUGCCAGAUGAUAAUGUCGAGGAAGGAGGAACAGUGGGAAUGCACGUUGCCUGAUGAGCCACCUGAGAAGCCACCGAUACGGGUGCCCAACAAGCACAUCAUCCCCGCCGACGCCAUCAUAGUAAACAAGGAGCUGGGUACAGGCGAAUUUGGUGUCGUACAACAAGGCGUAUGGACCAACGAUGGUGAAAGGAUACAAGUUGCAAUCAAGUGCCUCAGCCGUGAAAGGAUGCAAAACAACCCGAUUGAGUUUCUAAAAGAGGCAGCAAUCAUGCACGCAAUCGAUCAUGAACACAUCGUAAGGCUCUAUGGCGUCGUACUGGACACAAAUGCUCUUAUGCUGGUGUCGGAGCUGGCAGCUCUGAGAUCACUUCUUGAGUGUCUCAAGGAACCGUCUUUACGUUCCAGCUUCCCUGUACUGUCUUUGUGUAAUUUCGCUAUUCAGAUUUGUGAUGGAAUGGAAUAUUUAGAACAAAAACGUCUUAUUCACAGGGAUUUAGCGGCUCGUAACAUACUCGUCUUUUCAAAGAACAAAGUCAAAAUAUCAGAUUUUGGGCUGAGCAGGGCUCUCGGAGUCGGGAAGGACUAUUACCAGACAAACUUCAAUGUGAACCUGAAGCUGCCAAUCGCGUGGUGCGCCCCAGAGUGUAUAACGUACCUCAAGUUCACAUCGGCGUCAGACGUCUGGGCAUACGCCGUAACCCUUUGGGAGAUGUUCUCAUACGGGUUCCAGCCUUGGGCCGCACUCACAGGCCAGCAGAUACUCGAGGCAAUCGACGAGCCCAACCCUCAGAGGUUAGAACGUCCGGAAUGCUGCCCUAAAGACUACUACAGCGUUAUGCGCAAAUGCUGGCAUCAUGAUCCGAACAAAAGGCCUAAAUUCAGCGAUCUGAUACGACAACUGUCGGAUUGUAAACCGGAGCAGGUGCAGGCAAUACAGGAUUCGGGUGAGGAAAAAAUGAAAAGGGACCAGCUUAUAUUCAGAGUCGGAGAUGUCAUCACAGUUUUGGAUAAAAGCCCAGUGCAAGGGACAAAUCUGUGGAAAGGUAUUCUUAAUAAUGGUAAAACGGGCGUAUUCAACCCAGCGUUGACGGUUGCAUACCUCGGUUCAAACCUGCCAUCGAAUAAGCCUACUGAGUUCGUCCGUGGAGAUGGGAAGAACGCUUACUCAUCGAAGAGAAACCGCCUCAAGCCAGACAUGAUCUCAUGCCCUCAAGGUGACGUGAAGCACACCGGCCACGUCGGUCUGGACGGCUCGUACUUCGGCGACAUAUCAUCGCUCGGCGGUUCCAAGUAUGAGCACGUGCCACAUCAGGUUGUAGCACCGUACAAGCCGCACACUGACAACGAGGAUGCUGGGAGCAUUUCUGCAGACAGAGUGCCACUGCUCAGCAAUAUAACACACAACGGGAACUGUGCUUCUGCUGGAUGGACAGACGCGACAUCUAGUAGCAAGCUGAUGGAUCAUGAAUACCAUGAGAUCACUGAUGACGAAGCAGUCGACAGCCCUCGUUUUGAAAAACAAUUUGAUUUUGGGCCGAGUCUGUUGGAUGAGAUGGAUGCUGCGUUUAGAAAUUACAGCUCUCCACCACCCCCACCUCAGAUGGAUGAUGUUGUAAACAGGAAGAACGAGCUGCAAGAAGCUCAGGCAGCUAAGUCAAAGAAGAAACUGGCGACCGUCAAGCCAAUAUCUCCAUCAGACGAGAAGACCCUUGACACAGCCAUUGCCCUCACAUACGAGCUUGCCAACAAGGUGAUGGUGCAGUCGGCUGGCGAGACAUCGCCGGGUCGGCAUGGGCCUAGCCUCGGCUCGAGGAGCUCUUCAUUCAAGUUCCCGACAAUCGGAGGCUCGGGUAACCAUGGAUCCGACAGGAGCAGCACCCUAGGGCACAAUGGCUCAAACAAGGGACAACGCAGUGGCCGGUCUUUCACCGAUGAGGCGCAAUCCAUUCCAGAUGUUCAGGGAUGCUUGACUACGGAAGCGAAGGCCGUGUAUUCACAGCUGGUCGAGCAGCCUAUCGAGGCAAACCCAUUGAGGAUGCUGCGCUCGGUGCCACUUGUACGGCCGAAGAUACGGGGCAACAAACACCUUCCGCGUAACAUCGGAUCUGUUGGCAGUUUGUCUCUUGAUAGAAAACACUCAAUGACAGAUGUGCCAAACCUGAGUGAAAAUGAACACGAUGAUGAGUCCGGCUCAGGUUUAAAUGCGAUUCCAUUACCACCGAGGGACAGAUCGAGGUCCCUACUCGUUGGCAAGCCGCGCCAUGAAAGGAAAUAUCCGCUCAUCAUCCCGACAGCGAUUGCACAAGCAAUAUCGGCACAGGCACAAGAGCCAACAUACCUUGGUCUAGAAGACGAUCCUCCAGAGGAAAAGAAGGAUGAGAAAGCUGUUAAAGACGACCAUCAGAGGUGCGAGACCGAAGUGUUUGAGGAGAGGAUAGCCAACGAGUUCGACAUGCUGGACCAGAUGGCGAGCGAGGAUGAGGCCGAAGAUUCAGAGCCAAUGAAAGGGAACGUGUCGUACGAUGCGAAGGUGCAAUCUUGCGCCAACGAGCCUUAGUAUAUACACAUUUGUUAUA